GCGGCUGCGCAGAGCGUUCCUGGUUAUACACUCAUACGACACACGUCUGAAAUCGGAAUGCCUGCCGCUGCCGCCUGCCAUUACAUUUGAUAAUCAACAUGGCGGCAUUUGUUGUCUGGUGCUCGUAGCUGCAACAAGUCGCAUCUGGUUGUUACAUAAUAUAGAAAUUAGAUCGUUGUCCGGCUUUCCGCAUUUCAAAAAAAAAAAAUAAAUACAUUGUUGUGUGUGAUUUAUGUGAAUUUGAUUCGUGAUCGAUAUAAAACAUUGGAGAAUGCCUAAACGAGGAAAAGAGCCGAGACCGUCAAGUCGUCAUUCUGGUGGUCGAUUUUCACCACCACCACAACCACCGCGACAACCUAGAAAUGAUUAUCAAAUUGCAGGAUCUUCACGUUCAACGUGUGAUUCUAGUUCUGGAACAAGAUCACCUCAUACCAAAGAUAAUAUCAAAAAAUCUAAUGGAAAUGUACAUUCUGGAAACACUCCCAGAAUACAUAAUAUGAGAGUAGUUAAUAGUCCAAUCAUAUUAACCGAUGAUGACGAUGAUGAUGAUGAUGACAGUGUGUAUAAGAAUUUAGAUACUUCUGUGAAUAUAUUUCGAGAAAAUGGAAAUAAAUUGAAACCUGACACAUGCGAAGGUGCAAGUAUUGUGAAACAUUUCGUACCUUCUGCUGAUAGGUACCACAUGUCACAAAGUGCUCCUGAAAAACCUGUGUUUAGAGGACCAGAAACUGAUGUAUUGCAUGAUCUUGGAAAUGACAAAUUAAAAAUCAUUAGAGUUCAAAUGAUACGAGCUGACAUUCAGCAAAAUGAUUCAUUUCGUAAAGCUUAUGUAGUUGAAGAUCCAGUAGCUGGUAAUAGAUCAAAAGAUAAAAACCAUCAAAAUUUUGAAGAACGGCAAGUUCAUUUUAAUCAAAAUAAUCAACAGAUGCAUUAUGAUAAUGAUAAAAAUUAUGGAAUGGCUCAUCCUAUGAGUCCAACCAGGUUAAUGUCUCGUGAUCAAAGUUUAUCUCCGCGGGCUAAUAUGGUUCGUCCUCCAUCUCCUCCUUUGCCUUAUUCUCCUGAACGUGAUCAUUUCAAUUCUGACAACAAUAUGUUACGCAGAGAUAGACCAAAACGUUCUCCAGAAAGAAAUGUUCAUGAUCGUCCACCUAGGCCAGAACAUUUUUUGGAACAACAUAAAAUGGAAAACUUUUCUUCUGGUCCUCCCCCAGAACCUAGAUCACCUGAAAUGCAACGUUUUAGACCUGGUGAUCACAAUAGACAUCGUAUGAAAGACGACCCGAUUCAUUAUGAAGAACGUCCCAGACAUAGUGGAUCGCCUGUAUAUUUUGAGAAUCAUUACCAGUACAACAGAAGUAUGUCACCCAAUAACCGACCAUUUUCUCCUAAUCAUGAACAACAAUUACCAAUAACCCCACCAUCAUUGCGUGAGCUUUCUUCACCUUUGAGAGACCGUCCACCACACCCUAAUGAACGUCCUCGAAGAAGACGCUCACCACCUCCUAGACGGGAUCGUUCAAGAGAGAGACGCCGUCGUAUUUCACCUAGAAGAAGAACACCACCACCAAUUCGUUCACCUAUUAAGCGUAGAGAGAAUGGUAAAAAAAGAGGACCUAAUAAAAAUCAGGAAGCACGAAAACGAGAAGCCAAAGAAAGAAAAAGAAGAUCUCAAUCUAAGCCAAAAUCUGCACCACAACAACAACAACAAAAUCCAUUCCAGCAACCUCAACCACAGCCCAUGUAUCCACCACCACCACCACCUGGAGUAGUUCGAAUGCCACCAAGACCUUUCCCUCCAGGACCAAUGAUGAUUCCACUGAGACCCCCGCCCUUCCCACCACCAAUGGGAGCAUGGAGGCCACCACGUCCGCCAAUGCAAGCACCACCUUCUGGUUGGCCAUAUCCACUGGUGUAUAUAGAGAGGAGGGGUUUAAUUCAGUGUAUACACAAUAAAUCAGUGGUUUACAAACUCUUUUUGAAACUUGAGUACACAGUUUGGGAACCACUUUUAUACGUUAGUUGUAUACACACUCGGCAGUUUCCGAUUGUCUUUGCAAGAACCCGAAGUCGGGUAAAAUUUAAUCGAACUUCAUCCGGGUCAAAGCUAUUUUUGGACAGUAUACUUAAAUCAUAAUAACAAAUUAUUAUGUAUAUUAUUACUUAUUUUUAACUUUUGUUUAGUGAUAUAACUGAAUUGACCAAUGAUAAAUUGGAAGCGUGUAUAUACCCAUAAAAGCCUAAUUUUCUUAAAGGUAUACACAUAAAUCCAAAAAUAGGGAUCUGGGUAUAUGACGUUUAAGCGUGUAUACCCUCCAAUACAGCACUGAAUAUAACUGACAUUAAUUUUGGUUUGAGGUGCUUUGUCACAGCUUCCUUUACCAACUCCUGCUAUGCCUUUGGGAGCUGCAAAGCACAGUUCUAAUAUCUCUGAUUUAAAGUAUUUAAUUUGUGUGAAUAAUGCCCUUUCUACUUUGGGCAGCUGACUGGCUAUGUUCUCCAGUUGUUGUUACUCCUAAAUACUUGAAGCAUUAAGUUUUCUCAUACACAUAAUUGUCAACAGUAAAGUUCCCAUUCUAACUACCAACGUUUUCAUUACUUUUGUAUUCUUCUCUUUUGUUUUUUUACUAACCUUUUUUAGUUUCAUGUAUGAGUUUAUAGCACCAAGACUGAUACCAAUGACAAUCUAAGUUGUAUUAUAGACAUUAGCUUUUUAUAUUUGCAUGUACAUUUAUUAUUUCUUAAGCUAAAAAGCUUAUAUCAUAGUUUAUUUAGAAAUACAGCUUUGAGAGUUUUUAUGUUGCUUUAAUAAUAGAAAAAGUCUUUAUAAUAACAUUAUCACUUGCAUGUCAAUCCUGUCAUCAUUACUUUCCUUGUAUACAACUAUUUAUUAUUUAACUGAUUUUACAAUGAAUUCAUCUAAUAUUAUUUUUAUUUUUAGAAGUAAAUUCAAAUUUAAAAAUUACCAUUUUGGUUAGGUAAUAGCUCUUAUAAUUCAAAAGAUAUGUACAAUAUGUUGAAUAAUUCACAAAACAUCCUAAAUAUUACUACAGAAAAUGAAUCAUUUUGACAGUUUUUUUCAAUUGUUUUCUU